AUGGGAGUCGAGGAGGAGGUGCUUACCGGCAUUGCAGCCAUCUGUUCGAAGGCCCGCUCCCGCCAUGCACUGUUGAUCAGCCGCUCCUUGCGAGCUCCCAGCUCCUGGGCAAAAUAUGAAGUCGACGCAGUCUCGUUGAUCGCUCCGCUGGGGAGCUGGAAGAGACUGGUAGGCCCGUGGAAGGAGAUGCGACCGUCAGUUUCGACAUUCAACCCAUCGAACUCCCUCGCCAAAUCCUGCGUCUCAUCGUUCUCCGUCUUGAUUCUGCGGCCGGCACUCGAGCUGGAUUCUGCCACCGAUGCCGGAGAGCUCCCCUUGCGUGCCUCCACGUCGGCCUGCUGA